CUCCUUUGUAAUAUUAUUUAUCGUGUUUUAUGCGUUUUACGUUGUGCGCAUCAAAAUAAAAAUUCUGUGGCCGUAGACUGAUUGCAAAACUACAUUCCGUUCCGUUUUCAACAAAAAUAACGAAACGGGCAGUGUGUGUUAACGUAACCGUAGAAAAGUGUGGUGUUCUUUGUGUUUUCGAUCCUGUAAACACUCGUGAUCCAGUUUGCAAAGUUUGCCAAUCAAUGAUAUCGUUCGUGAAGGACUGUUGUUUGCGUUAAUAUUAGUGUUCGAGGCAGUUUUUAAGCUUAUUUUCUUGUUAUCUGGCUACCCAACCCGCCGGAGCCGGUAGAAGUAAUUCCGAACAGAAUGCCGAUUCUGUACAGUGUGAUUACCCGCGGGCAGACGGUUCUGGCCAAGUACGCGGAGUGUGUCGGUAACUUUGCCGAAGUGACGGAGCAGAUUAUACCGAAAAUCAAACUGGACGACCACAAGCUGACCUACUCGCACGGCAACUACCUGAUCCACUACAUCUGCGAGAAUCGGAUUAUCUACAUGUGCAUUACGGACGAUGGCUUCGAACGAUCACGGGCCUUUAUGUUUCUGACGGAGAUCAAGAAAAAGUUCAUCCAAACUUACGGCCUGACGGUGGCGACCGCCAUCGCGUACGCCAUGAAUACGGAAUUUUCCCGCACCCUGGCCAGCGAGAUGAAGCACUACAGCGAAUCGCGCAACAUUGACGCCAUCAGCCAGGUGCAUGGGCAAAUCGACGAACUGAAGGACAUCAUGGUGAAGAACAUCGAGAACAUCACGAACCGGGGCGAACGGCUGGAACUGCUGGUGAAUCAGACGGAGAAUUUACGGAAUAAUUCGGUGCAAUUUCGGCAAACUUCCCGCAACCUAGCACGGACAAUGUUCUGGCGCAGCGUUCGAAUGUAUUGUUUAGUCGCGGCGAUUUUGGUGUUUGUUAUCUACAUUGUGGUCAGCAUGGCAUGCGGCGGUUUGCUGUGGCAAAGCUGUGUCCACGGGGGUAGUCCCAAGGCCCCGGAUACUCCGGCACCACCGUCACUGGAUGGACUUUAGAAAUGAGGGGAAAAGAUUAAGCUAAUCGAUUUGGACUGGAGAUGGCUUCGGAUUGACUUUUCGGAUUACAUCAAUCGAUACUGGACGGAUGUUGUGGGUAGCGGGAUUUGUAUUGUCUUCUUGAUUCGAUUUCUUGUUCCGAAAAAACAAAGUGUACAUCCGGGGGAAAACCUACGUAAAAUUUAAUCAAAUAAAAAAAUCGUCAAGAGUUUACAUUUUAUAGAUUGGACCGGAACUUUUAGAGCAUUGUGGACUGUCUGAAAUCAAAAAAGUAUCUUACAUAGUAGGUUCUAGGUGAUAAAAAACUAGUUGCGUUUGGGUUUCGCCCGAAACGGACGCUGAUAUUUUUGCGAAUUUGUUUGAACCUUCAUUUAUUCUUUAUGAAAUAUGCAUAUACCUAAUACACGGACACGUUAUC